AGCAGCCUAACCCACCCCGGCCGGGGGGCCUCCCUGCCCGAACCCUGACACAUGGACAUGCUGGACCAGAGCCUGGACUCCGCCACGGCUAGUCAUGAUAAAGGACAGGAAACAGAUGAAGUGGUAGAGUUGCAUGACGGAGAUGAGACGAGCGCUGAUGAGCAUACCGCGGUGGCCAUUGCAACUGUCCAGCAAGCAGCCUUCUCAGACCACAACAUUCAGUAUCAGUUCCGCACAGAGAACAAUGGAGGUCAGGUGACAUACAGAGUAGUCCAGGUGACAGACGGUCAACUGGACGGUCAGGGUGACACGACUGGAGCAGUGAGUGUGGUUUCUACUGCAGCCUUUGCUGGCGCCCCACAAGCUGUAGCGCAGGCCGUCAUCCAGAACCCUUUCAGUAAUGGCGGAAGUCCUUCAACAGAUGCAGUCAGCGGGGAGACACGGUUUGCGUACUUCCCAGCUUCCACAGUCGGUGACACCACAGCAGUAUCCGUGCAGACAACUGACCCCUCACUGGCUCAAGGUGGAGGGCAAUUUUAUGUCAUGAUGACCCCUCAAGAUGUGAUUCCCGCUGGGACACAGAGGACUAUAGCUCCGCGCACUCAUCCCUACUCUCCGAAAAUGGAUGGAAACAGAACUCCACGCGACGAGAGGCGUAGAGCGCAACACAAUGAAGUGGAGAGAAGGCGAAGAGACAAGAUUAACAAUUGGAUCGUCCAGCUGUCCAAAAUCAUUCCAGAUUGCAACAUAGAGACCAGCAAAACCGGAGCGCAGAGCAAAGGCGGGAUUCUCUCCAAGGCGUGUGACUACAUCCGUGAGCUGCGCCAGACUAACCAGCGUAUGCAGGAAACAUUUAAAGAAGUGGAGAGGCUUCAGAUGGACAAUGAGCUGUUACGUCAGCAGAUCGAAGAACAGAAGAACGAAAACACACUUUUGAGAUCACAGCUGCAGCAGCACGGCAUCGAGAUCGUGGAAGAGACCCCGAGGUCGUAGAUCCGUCACCGAGCCACACAGUGGGGAUUGUUUUUUCGUUUUUUUUUUUUUUUAUUAUUAUUUUAUUUUUAGGGAUUAAAAUUGCCACGGAGAAACUUGUACAUUAGCACCCCCUGUCCUUUUACUGUUGCCACCACCCCCCGCCUCUUCCCCCGGCCUCCCGCUACCCUUUAAAUGUAUCGUGUCAAAGAUUUCUGUCGAUCCUCAUGAAGGGACGUCUCGGAACGCAAACACAUAACGCGGAAGGGGGGGUGGUGCGAGGGACAAACGUGGGUCUUCCUCGCAGGGGGCAGAACCCCUCCACCUCCUGAACUUAACGGACUUCUCAAAGAACGGCCAGGCCUCUUCACUGCCAGCGGGACCCGGAUUUGGCUCGUGGAAUGAAUUUCGGAGUUAGAGAGUUAAGAAAUACAUUGCAUUGCUCUUCGUUUUUGUUUUUUUUCCUUUUAUAAAUAUAUAAAUACGAACCAUCCUUUAGACUUUUAGCAAUGAAUCCGUAGGUAACAUGACUUCCUUUCGCCCUCUGAACCUUUAUCCUUUUUUUUUUUUUUGCUUUCUUUUAAAGAAAAGAAAAAAAAAAAUACAAAAACAGCAGUUGUGACUGUGUAGCACGUGUGGAAGGAUGGAAGAUAGUUUUAGGAUAACUUACAGGGGAGGGGGGGUUAUAUAUUACCGUAAGCUAAGAGCGCAUUUGCCGCUGGAGACACAAGUUAUUUGCCUGCGAGCUACGGAUUUGUUUUUUUUUU